GAGGCAGGAAGAGGAGCUCGCUCGCCGUAUCGCCGCCGCUGACCCUUUUUUUUUUUGAUAACUCGCUGACCGUUUAUUUGGUCGAGAGGAAAACUACUAUGGGCCGCUCCUGAUUUCUGUGGCUGCUACGGGCUGAAUUUGGAGAGGAAGUGAUCCAGGCUCUGGGCCCAAUUUUAGUGGGAAGGGAGGCCCUAGAAAGCAGAAUUAGUUUUUCUAGAAAAGAAAAGGAACCGCAUCAUCAACAUUGAAAUCAUACGUCACUCCUCGGAUUUUGCUUUCUGUAAAUUUAGCCAUGAAUUUAGGAGCUCGAACUUCGAAGCUCACAACUUAGCGAAGUAUACUCUAUCUCUCGGGGAUGGCCACCAUGUGUGGUUGGGACACCAUAGAGACCUUCCCUCCGUCCCUGUAAACAUUGUGACGAAUUAAUAAAAGCUUCAUAAGGUUGUCUAAAAAAAGAAUAAUUAGAUUACAUUCAGUCCAAGCUUGCUCAUGAAUAAUGGAAUUUCAACUUUGAAGCUCAUAAUCUCAUCAAGCAUGCGUCUUUGCUAGGUAUAGGUCGGGCUCUACCUUAUAGCCCAAUUAUUUUACCUGUAAACAUUACUAUUACCUAAUAAAGUUUGGUGUCACAAUUCCUGAAAAAUGAAAAACAGAAUUGGAUUACAAUCAGGACCAGAACAUGAGAACCAAUCUGUGAUUGGAUGGUUACUAGAGCAAUGGUACCCCAAUCCCACAAGGGAUCAGACCACAUAUUUUCACGCUUUGGUGUCUCCUAAAGGCAGAAUAUUCGUUUAGUGGGAGGCGACAGGGCGACAUUCCUGUCGAUAGCGAUGCACAUGUGUGAAGUGUCAGCUUAGUCUUUCGAAUGUGUUCAUAGGGGUAGAGUGUACGUGGAUUUUAUAGGGAUGAGUGUAUAUGCAUGUUUUGUGACGUCUGUGUCUAUAAGAGACAUCGGAGGGAACUAGACAACUACGUGGCCGGAUGCUACAUGGUUUAAAAAGUGUUCAUGAAAUUUAAAAUGCAUUCAUCGAAUUUUUAAAAGGGUGAACACUUCUAGCGAAGCGCAGCGAUGGCGACCGGUGAGCGAAUCUAAGUGUGGCGGGGGGUACAUGGUGUCGACGGGAUGGUGGCGGAGGCUACGGGUCCACACUAAAGUCAACGCCGACAUGGAUGAGGGCGAGCGAGGGAGCAAGGCUGUCGGGGGGGGGUGAGGCAAUCUUUUGCUGAGAAGUUGCUUCGGACUUCUAAAUUUGAGGCACAUCCGAAGUGACUCCUAAAUUAUUGAGGAGAAAAACCGGUUGACGGUUCGGUUAGGUGCGGCCUAACUCCUUAAAAUGAUCUUUUGAAAAGUUAAGCCUCUUCAAGCUUCGGGAGGUUAGAGAUAAGGACCAGCGACUCGCUAGAGAUCGCCACAUAAGGUGAACUCCUCUCUCUAAAAUUGUUUCCAUUCCUCUUCGUUAAACAAGGCCAAAAAAUAAACAUUUUUAGUGGUAACCAAAAAAAUAACCGAGGUGGCCAUACUCAUAAAAAGGGUCGAGGCUUCUAAUUGUUCAUUUGGUCAUUUCCAAAGGUGGCCAAAUGUAUCUAUCCUGGCGUGCUGGCCCCAUAGCAUGUGCCCAACCCAUGGUGGGGCUGACCGGACACAUUUAUAACCGGGUUGUGCCUGGACCGCGAGGAUGGGCAUGUGUGCUACACACCCUGUUUUUUUUCUAGAUUUUUUUUCAAACAUUAGCGCCCCCCCCCCAAAAAAAAAAAGUGCAGCACAAGUGUUGGCCCGACACAUCCCGUGUAUUAAGAGUGUCUGGGUGGGCGAUGCCGAGUGACAGCUAUUUUGUCGCGGGUACUUAUUUUUAAUAGGAAUUGUGCUCUUUAUCCUGUCACUAAUGUUUAUAAUAUGCCUAUCACUAUUAGUGACCAUGCUCCCAUUCUUGUCUCUACAGAAGGCAAGUUUAAAAAGCCUUUGCAAAAUUUUAAAUUUGAGAAUUGGUGGCUUAUGAAAGAAGAUUUUCAACCUUGUGCAAAAUCUGCUUGGCAAAGCACUGCUCAUAGGCCUUUUUAUGCAAGGACUAACCACCUUGCAGGAACAUUGAAGGAAUGGUGUAGAAAGAAAAAACCAAUUAACCAGGAACUCAAUCUAUUGGAGGAGCAAAUAAAAAAUAUACAAAUGAAGCCGAUGCAGGAACAAAAUCAUAAGCUUGAAGCAUCUCUCAUGAACAGGUAUGAAGAAAAUCUAACAAAGUUGACAGAAUUUUACAGCCAAAGGGCAAAAAAACAUUGGGCAACUAAAGGAGACAGGAACACAAGUUACUUUCAUAAUGCUGUCAUCAAGCGCAGAAGAAAGAAUCAGAUUGUUUCAAUUACAGAUACUAAUAAUGUGACUCAUUUUAAUCCUGAAAAAAUUGCUCAUGUAUUUGUGGACUAUUUCAAACAAAAUUUCCAGACUAAUAAUGCAGAUCAUGGAAGGCCAUACCUACGAACUCAACCAGAUGCUCAUCAGCAAGAUCCUACUACUAGUAUUCCCGACAAGCAGGAGAUUUGGCAGAUACUAAAUGAGAUGAGAAGAAAUGCUUCACCAGGCCCAGAUGGACUAAAUGUAGCCUUCUAUAUAGCAGCAUGGGAAUGGAUUGGAGAUGAUGUAACUGAUUUGGUGAUGCAACAGGAAGGAGAGCCGCAGCCAAGGGUCAUUGCAGACAAUACAAAAGCCCUUUUAAAGCAGAUAUGGAAGGCCAAAGACAUUGCACCGAGGGUUCAAACAUUUGCAUGGAGGCUAAUUAGAAAAGCGCUUCCAACAGGUAAAAGAGCAGGUAAAUAUUCGAAGCAUAUAGAUAAAGAAUGCUCAAGAUGCAGUGCUGAAGAAGAUGAACAACAUAUCUUUUUUACUUGUCCUUAUGCUAGAGCAGCUUGGUUUGCAAAACCAUGGUACAUUAGAAUGGACAACUUUAUUAGUAAUUCCACUUCAAUCAUCACCAUUAUUUUAAAUCUGCUCAGUUCAGACCAUCCUCAUGCAAGUUUAACCAAUAUUUUCACAUUCAUGUGGUGUCUAUGGAAAGUUAGAAAUGAGAAGCUUUUCUAAAGGAAAGAAGGCUCCCCUGUACAGGUCUCUUUUGCAGCACAAGCAAUUACAAACUCUUUUAAAUUAGAAACAGAUCAUAAUAAUCUAUGCAAGAAUAAGAUACCUAUGCAGGACAAAAGGGAGGAACUAAGGCAGGGAAACACAAUUGAUGCAUCCAAGCUUUCUACACAAAACACAUUCUUCACAGAUGCAGCAUGGAAUCUACAGGGGAGCCAAAA